UGACACAAUCUCUCUCUGUCUCUCUUUUCAAUUUCUGGUGUAAGUGCAGUAAUAUCACUGAAUUUCAACAUUAUAAUUGUUCGUUGACUCCAUUUCGCGAAUUUAUGUCCUCUUUUCUCCUCUUAACUUCCCCACUCCAAAGGUUGAUCUGCUGAUGACUUUAUACCGUUUCAGCCAUUUAAAAUCAAUGUUUUCACAGUUGCUGGUUAUUGAGUUUUACAACAGAAUGAUUGUACAUCUUUAGGUUGCAUCAUAAUAUCAGUAAAUGAUCUCUGAUUCGUUUCUUUUCUCUGCAGACUGUGAGGACUGCGAGUCUUUCUACAUUGAUGAGUGUGGGGUCCAUGGCCCCCCUAACUUCAUCCCUGACACCCCAGUUCCUGUAGGGGUCCCAGACCGAGCCAGACUCACCCUGCCACCUGGACUGGUGGUCAGAGAGUCCAACAUCCAAAACGCAGGUCUGGGGGUGUUCAACCAGGAUCAGACGGUGCCCAAAAGGGUGCACUUUGGCCCCUAUGAGGGAGAGGUGAUGGACAGGGACGAGGCCAUAGAGAGCGGAUACUUCUGGGUGGUGAGGGAUGAAAUGGUGUUUCUAAACAAUAAAUGCUUCCAGUCUGAAAAACUGAUUUAA